AUGGACAGUUCAGACGACGUUGCCAACAUCCACCAACUGCAAUCAUCCAUCAAUGGCCAUCUUGCAACCAUAAAAAAAAACUUGGGGUUUCACCUGUUGACUCUAGAUGUGGACUACUCCACGUUUGACAAGUAUAUCAGUGCUAAAAUCCACAAACAUCUACCAGAGUUGGGUGUAAAUGAGUAUCUUGAGAGUUUGGCACGAAAUACUGCCAACGAAGACAUUGUAGUCAGCGAAAUUCUAGCGGAUACCGUUGGAGAGUCCGCGGUGCUUCAAUUUGUCUAUCUUCCUGAAGGAAACGAGCCUUCGACAAUAGUAUUCGAAGAAAACAUUGUCAAAGUAAUUCACACCCCAGGAGGAAUCGGAGAGAAUGUCGAAGAUUUUGGAAAGAAUAUCCAGGAUGCUGCUGAACAGCUGUUGAGUUCAUGUUGCGGGUGUAGUUGA